AUGCAAUCCAUCUUUAAUUUGACUUUUAAAGAAACGACUUUCGAGGAUUUUGUGGAACUUGUCGAUGCUUUGACGGCUUGCAGUAGCCACAAACGCAAAUCGGAAAUCGUGUCAAAUUUUGUUCACCAAGGUCCAGGAGGCUCCUUGCACAAUGAAACUGCCCUUGUCUUAAAAUUACUGCUUCCCGGCAUAUCUGCGAGAAUUUAUAACGUAAAAGACAAGCAGCUGGUCAAUUAUUUCUCGGAUAUAUUGAUGGUCUCUCGGGAAGCGAUGCUUGAAGACCUGGAGAAAGGCGAUGUUGCGAUGACUUUGUGCAAGUUCUUUCAGCGAAGUGGGCACAUAAGGCCUGCCAGUCGUGGCACCGUUCUUCUGAAAACGAUAGAUGCUUGGUUGGAUGAGCUCGCUGAAGCAUCUGGAGGUGAUCAGUGUACAGACGUGCUUCGUAAAUGCAGCAAGUUAUUAACUGCUGACGAAUUUACUGUCUUCAUCCGCCUGAUCAAGAAAGAUUUACGCAUCUCGGCCGGCGCGAAAAACAUCCUUUGUGGUCUCGAUCCCAAUGCCUAUGAAGCGUUCCAGGCGUCACGAGACCUGGAGUUGGUGGUGAAAAAGCUGAGGGAAAGAGGUUUUUCCAACAGGGCGUCAACUUCUUCGUCAGACGCAAGGCCCAAGCUCUCUCGCAAUUUGUCCAUUUCUAUCAAACUGUCCACCCCGGUGCUACCUAUGCUCGCUGAACCCUGUCGUUCUGCGGAAAUGGCCUUAGAAAAGGGUCACAAGGGAGGUGGCCUCCUUGUCGAAAUCAAAUACGACGGUGAACGUCUUCAGUUGCAUAAGAAGGGAGCUCACUUUUCGUACUUCUCACGCAGCCUCAAGGCCGUUCCUGACCACAAGGUUGAACAUCUGAAGGAAUUCAUCCCGAAAGCCUUUCCGUCAGCCAACGAUCUGAUAAUUGAUUCCGAAGUACUCCUCCUAGAUACCCAGACAAAGAGACCACUACCGUUCGGCACACUAGGUGUGCAUAAACGAACUGCCUUCAAGGAUGCUACUGUGUGCCUUUUCGUUUUCGACUGUCUUUACUUCAACGGAAGGAGUCUCCUUACCGAGUGA